AUGGGUCCCAGCCCUGGGUAUGAAGAGGAGAUCAACAAGCACACAGCUGCAGAGAAUGACUUUGUCCUGCUGAAGAAGGAUGCUGAUGCUGCCUAUUUGAACAAGGUGGACCUGGAGACCAAGGUUGGCUCCCUGACAGAGGAGAUCAACUUCCUGAGAGCCUUCUAUGAAGAGGAGCUGUCUCAGAUGCGCUCCCAGAUCUCUGACACCUCUGUGGUGCUCUCCAUGGACAACAACAGGAGCCUGGACCUCAACAGCAUCAUUGCAGAGGUCAAGGCUCAGUAUGAGGACAUUGCCAACAGGAGCAGGGCUGAGGCAGAGGCCUGGUACCAGAGCAAGUACGAGGAGCUGCAGCAGACUGCAGGCCAGCAUGGCCAAGACCUCCACAGCACCAAGCUGGAGAUCUCGGAGAUGAAUCGCAGGGUGCAGAGGCUGCACUCCGAGAUCGACAGCGUCAAGAAGCAGCUGGCAGAGCUGGAGGCUGCCCUGCAGAAGGGCAAGCAGGACCUGGCCAGGCAGCUGAGGGAGUACCAGGAGCUGAUGAACGUCAAGCUGGCCCUGGACAUCGAGAUUGCAACCUACAGGAAGCUGCUGGAGGGGGAGGAGUGCAGGCUGGCAGGAGAAGGGCUUGGAGCAGUCAAUGUUUCUGUGGUGUCCUCAGGCAGCAGCCACGGAGCAGGGACCCUGCUGGGGCUGGGCUCAGGCCUGGGCAGCAGGCUCAGCACGGGGGGCAGCAGCUGCCUGGCUGGGGGCUUCAGCUCUGCCGUGGGAAGCAGCUCAAGCAUCAGCCUGGUGUCCAGAAGCAGCACCCAGAAGAGCUACAGGAGCUAA